AUGGAGGACCAGUUUGGCGGCCGCACCGACGACGAUUUGUUCUUCGACGAAGAUUUCGAGCCAGUCGACGGUGUAGCUACCAUUGUACACGACGAUGUGCCCGUCCGAAUUGACUCACGCUAUAUCACAUAUCCAAGCUCAGUGCCUCAUCCUGCGGAUAUCGAGGCUGCGCUUGCCCCUCUGGCUGCUGCUGAAGCCGCCGCUGCAGCAGCAGCAGCAAAUAAAAGAAAGGCACGUAGAAGACGCAAGUCAAAGUCCCCCAAGCAGCCCGUACCGCCACGAGGAGGUCUCGCACAAUCUAGAUUCGCAGAGAGGCCAGCAGCGAAUCCGCCGAAUCAACAGCAGCGACAUCGCGAGCCACAUCUACCCGACCCAUCCUUGUCGACCGCGAGCCGAGACCAGAUAAAUGGCGAAGGUAGCUCCAGUAGUGCCACUGCGAAAGCUCCGGCCCCUCGCGACCGGCAGAACAAUGGAAGGAAUCAGGGAAAGCCUUCCGAUAACUCUAUUGAUGCGCGGGCGCAGUCCGGCGCGAACCCUCGCCAGAAGUUGACAGAAGAAGAAAUGACUGCCAAGAUGGAGAAAAUGAAACUACUGUCAGCAGAGAAGACGCGCAAGUUCGAGAAAGCCGAAAAAGACGAAAAACAACAUGCAGAAGCCUAUGCGCGCGGAAUGGAAGAAGCGCGACGCCAGCGUGCCGAGGCGGAAGAGAAGCGGCGACAAAAUGAAGAGCAGCGCCGCCGCCUGGAAGAGGAGCGUACAAAGAACCGAGAACGUAAACUCAAAGCCAUAAAUAUGAAGCAGGACGGGUGGGACCAAGGCAAGGAGGUCACGGUUGAGGAAGAUUCGCGGCGACCGGCGCGUGCAGUUAAAGCCUCUCACGGGUCAGGCUUGCGCGGGAGCCGUUUCGCUCCGGACUCGAGCGAAGGCGACAAGACAGUCACCCCGAAUCGGACAGAUGACGAAAGGCCGUUUGAUGAACGAUCUCGUCGCGGUGGACGAGGCAGAGGCAGCCGAGGUGAGGGACGAGGCGGACGGGGCGGACGGGGCGGACGAGGUGGACGAGGAGGCCGUGGCGGAGCCGCUGGCAACGGCCGAAGCCCGCCGGUAGCUCUCGUGCCGAAAGCUGAGGACUUUCCGUCGCUACCACCUCAAACAGACGCUCAAAAAGGUCCUGCGGAGGGCGAUGAAUCGAAACCUGCCACCCUGGCGCCGUUGCCUAGAUUCGCACCGGCUAUCGGAAAAUGGGAAGAUGACAUGGAGUUUCUGGACGAGACGAAUAGCGCCGCCGCUGCACACAACUAA